AAUAGGGCUCACUACAGACAUCACUGGUCCACUCAGACUAAUUGUAGUGGCUGUUAAAGAAAGUCCUCCUUUUUUUACCAGCUAUGUCAUUGCUCAGUUUGGUGACGACUGUGAGGUAUUUUGUUAUACUUUCCUAUCACUUGAAUUAGAUUUUUUUUUUUUAGUUUACAGGUUAAUAUUCUCCCAAAAUAUGUAAACUAUGGGUAUUAUUUUUAAAUAGUGUGUGAGUAUUUAAAUGAUGAGUUAUUGUCAAGCUCUCCAAGAUAGGGUUUUGGAUACUGCUGCCUGCGGCUGAUUUGCAGGGGGGAAAAAAACAUCAGCUCUAUAAGAAGAUUAACCUCGUUCACACGCUGGAAGUCAAGUCAAUUCAAAGUAAACGCUUGUACACAGGGUGGGUGGACGCUGUCCUUCUAUGUGCGCGCAUUGCGAAGCGUACUGGACUCCUCUCCUCCUCUCUCCAUCCGCGUCUCUGAACCUCCUCGCACCAGGACCCAUCUCCGUCUCUCCCUCUCUCGCUCUUUCUCUCACACAAACAAAGCGAGAGAAGGUGUUUUAACUUUCCGAAGGCGAAAAACAUUUCAGACGACUCUCAAGGUAAACGCUUUAUUGAGGGUGGGAGAGAGCUUCGUAUUUAUAGAGGAGAGGAGAUUACGAGGCUGUGACUGCGCGGCGUCUUGCCGAGCGGAGACCUGUUCUGCCAGAAAUGAUUGGCUAUUUCUUCGAAUGAGAAAGUCUGAGAAAUGUCUUUUUUCUCUGGGCGACACCGUCAGCAUCCCAGCCGUAAUGUACGGGCGGGAACAAGCGAGUGUUUGCAUCUUCCAGGCAAUACUUGGAUUGUCAAGAACUCUAAGGUCUCAGAGUGCUGAAUGCUGAAUGCCAUUAACACCUUCCCUGACAUCAAGCCAAGUCACUGAGGAGCCUGUUUCACUCGUCACUCUUAGAUUUCAUCACUAGAGUUAAAAUCACAGAGAAGCUCCUCCUGCUCACCUUUUGACUCCUGCUGCUAUGGAGAACCUCAGUGAGCUCCAGAAUCCGUUGUUGGACAAAAACAGUAAGCACAUGGUCAACGGUUAUGGGGGAGACUUCCCUAAUAACCAGUACCAGGAAAACAUUAUUAAUUAUUUUGCUGGAGGAGGAGGUGGCGGUGGAGGUGAGGGAGGAGGAGGAAAGGUGAAUAACAGCACUGUGGUGAGUGGAGGAGGAUACAAUACCAACGGGAAGGUGAAAUCUCAGCAGCUUUUGGAUGCCACCUCACUGCAUCUGGCGGUAGAGGCCUUCUACAGGCCCAACUUUAUUCUGUACAAGGAGGACAGUGGCAGCAUCAAGGCUAAGGAAUACAAAAGCGAGUGCUGUGAGACCACCUUCACAGAGAAGAAGGCAAAGGAGGCAUCCAACACAGCAGGGGCGGACACCCCUGGCACAGAGGAUCCUCAGGCAAAGCUGCUGGAGGAUGGUGAACACAUCAAGAUCCAGACGGUUUCCUAUGAGGUGGAGGAGGAGGAGUAUGUGGAGUAUGAGACGGACUGCUCCAGCGACAGUGAGAGCGAGGACAACUUCAUCGUCGUCCCUCCACGAGACCACCUCGGCCUGGCCAUCUUCUCCAUGCUCUGCUGUUUCUGGCCCCUGGGGAUUGCAGCGUUUUACUUCUCACAGGGGACCACCAAGGCGGUCAACAAAGGUGACUUCCCCCUGGCCAACAUCGCCUCCCGACGGGCUUUGUUCCUUGCCGCUCUCUCUAUCACUAUAGGCACUGGUGUGUAUGUGGGGGUGGUGGUAGCUCUCAUCGCCUACCUUUCUAAACCAGGACACAUAUAGUAGCCGCACCUUCCCUCUGCGCACCUCCGGGGAGCUAGGAGGAGAACAACCACCUCUUGGGAAUGGCGUUACUCCCGCAGAUUUCAAGGAAAGUUUUUCGGGGAUGUACAGUUUUUUUUCCCCCUCCACCUUUCUUUCUUUCCUCCCCACAGGCCUUCCGUCAGCUAAGAUUAGCCACAGUGACUGGAGAGAGGUCAAGCUGGAGGGUGAGAAGAAGGGGAAUUGGGGAUAGACAAAGUUUUUUUUUCCUGUGGAGACAGAGAGAGGGUUUGAGUAAUGGAAGUAUUCCAUGUUGGAGCCCAGUUUGCAUCCCAUUUACUUAAACUCCUGUCGACUUCAUCCUCUUUUGGCUGGUUUUUAACUUCUAAGACCCCAACAGAAACUUUGAGGUGAUAAGACUGAGACGAUAACUCCUUGAACUUCAGCAAUUAUUGAAGAGCAGAGGAUGAGUAUGGUUAGAAAGCAACACAAAAUCACUCUUAAACCAACUCUGUGUUAUUGUUAUUUAAGCUGUUGUCAAAAUUGGAGCCUCUCCGUGGAGUCCUGUCUCCUGUCACUCUCAGUUUGCCAACCAGGACCGUCUUUAAUAGACUGUGAUCCUGACCCUAUCAACUCCAAAUACCAGGACCACGUUCGUCUCUGAGCUGUCUGCCUCAAGUUGGAAAAUAAAAAAAUACACAUCUACAUGCACAGUUUCUUGCAUCAUGACAAAGGAGGGCUGUAAUUUCUGGAGGAACUUUAGAAAAAAUACAGAACUACUGAUAAUACUUUCCAUCAACAAAGAAUAAAACUCAGAGAGGUUGAAAAAAAGGAUCACGUUUUCUUUCUUAUUGGACAAUAUGCACUCACUGGCAUGAAUUACAAGAAUCUCAAUGGAGCCUCAGGCCUGUAUUUUACCUCGGAGAAGGUGUCCAUCCAUUAAAGGCGUGCCCUGAAGUCUAACAAAAUCUGUUCAUGCCAGAUAUAGUUUGCCUACAUACAUGCAAAUGUGCUUUGUUUUUACGUUUGUCUUUUGAUGUUCCCUGCUGUCUAAAGGCACCUUGAAAAAUCUCACUUUAAGGAAUGUUCAUUCAUAGCCUUUGAAGUAAAGCACAGAUGUGAGGUGGCCAGAUGGUCAGAAAUUCAGGGGGAAAUGGCGUCCAGUGUCUCCCAAAAAUGGCAGCAUCUGGUAACACCAUGUGAAACCAAGCAUCAGCCAUUCGCAACGGGCAUAGAAGUUAUAAAUCAGGAAGAUGAUGUCAUUAAAAAGGCAGACCUUACAUAUCCUCCGGGGCUGCACAUAACAAACAAUGUGUUGCAGUCUGACAGCUUUUGAAUGUAGCUGUGAUCUGUUAUUCUUUGCAUGACUCUAGCUACGCCAGCAGUAUACAGCUACGCAUGAUUGAUCGGAUUUUGAGCUUGUUUUUGUCAGAUCAUAAAGAAGCUUAAAUUAAAAUUGAUCAGGUUUUGAAGGGGCUCGUAUUUUGUGCAAUACUUUAACCCACAUUCCUCAAUUCAGCUAUUAAAACAGAACAUUUGAUAGUAAUAAAGCAUCAAGGCAUUUCAGUUUGUUUCCUCACACAACUUCAGGAAUUUGAAGUUGAAAAACAAACACUGAACAACCAAAUUCCCUUAUUCUCAUGUGUAUAAAGGGUGUAUUAGUUACUGAGAUUUUAGUUUUUCAUUUUUUACACUGCAGAUUGUAAACCAGGCAGAUGCUAGUUCAAGCAGUGAACCCUCAAGAGGUGACAUUAUACGCUUAGUUUUCCCUGCACAGGUCCUGCAUUAGUCAUACCUGACAUUUAUGGUGCACAAUUAGCUCCCUGUAAUGGCUUUUUCUGAAGGAAUGUGUACUCUCUGGAGCAUAGCCCUAAAAUAGCACAACCACAUUAAUUUCACUAAUAAGCCACUUUUGGCGUCACUGGUUGCUGUCAAACCUUGCAAGUAAACAAUCCAUUUACACAUCCGCGCCUCUGUGAACAUUUUAAAAUAAACAUGUAAGUCAGUUCUGUUGUACUAAUGAAGAGUGAAUGUUGCUCAUACUCUCCAUGAGGGGCAGUUUCCUAGUGUGUUUUGCUUUAAAUAAAACCGCAGCUGAGGCGUCAAUCCUUCAUUUGAAUUUUAUUUUUGGCUGCCUGAAUGAGUAAACAUCCAGCUGUCUUGAUUAAAGGCAGUCAGAUAAAGACCUCAACUGAAUGCUGAUGGAUUUAUAGGUAUUUAUUUGGAGCCUUAAAGCUGGGCUCAGACCGCAGGAGUUUUGGGCCAAUUUACCCCCACUUCACCCUUCCCGAAUGGUUGGAGGAGAAAUCUGGUCUGGUACUUUGGUUGGCUCAGACUAUCUGGUAAUGUGAAGGGUUUUCAGAUCCACUCUUACCUCCUGAACUGCUCACAGACUCAUUGGGGCUGCUCUGAUAAUAUCAGACAUGUUUUAUAUUUAGGAGUUAAAAUCUGGAUGAUUACGAUUUUGAUUACAUCAGCACUUUAUCAUUAGCGUUACAAGCUAACAUUAGUCCUGGAACAGCUAACAGUGUUGCUAAGCAACAGUAGACAUUCUAGCCCUUGAUGCUAACGUUAGCUAGCAUACUACUGUUGACAGAUAUUAAAACUGUUCUUGUUGAACUCAUUUGUCAUUUUGUAGUGCUCUCCGAAUGUAUAGUGAUAAUUAUUAUACCCUAUAUAGUGGACUCAAAGUAUCCCAUAAUACAUUGUGAAAAGUAGUGUACAACCCAAUGCUCAAUAACCAAGCAAUAUAUACCAUCAUGCACUGCAUUUGCUCUGUGAGAGAGCAAAAGAUGGGAGGUGAGAGAGUCAAAUGGCUGUAAGGCAAGUUAAUUUGUAUAGCACAUUUCAACAAGAAGGCAAUUCAAAGUGCUUUUUACAUAAAACUUGAAAAGCAUUAAGACAAAGUGUAAAACACUAAGUACAACAGUAAGUACAAUUAAAUAUAGUUAUUAAGGAGUUAAGAGAUCUGAAAAUAAAAAUAAGCUAAAAUACAGUAACAUGAUUAGAAUAGAAGAAUAAAAGUUAAAAAAUGUAUGUAAUUUAUUGAUUUAACGUGAGGCUUGAAUUCCCUAGAUAGUGAAUGGGGGUAGUGAAUGAGUGAGUGAUUUUGGACACAACCUUUGUCUACAUCUGCUUCCCCAUGAGAUCAUGUGAGGUGGUGCAUUGUUAUCUGACUGCUCUAUCUGGCAAGAUCAUUUUAAUAAUAUCCUGUGGUGUGUGUCAUUAUUUUCAAAUCUUAUAGUAUGUGCAUGUUCGAAAUCGGUUAGCAUUUCAAAACUCCUGCAGUCUGAGCCUGGCUUAAGAUUCACCUCAUUGAAUUUCUGGUCAUCUGAAGACCUGGUCAUUACACUGUAUAUGUUUGGCCUUAUGACCUCUGACCCCUUAUGAACACGUGUCCCCGUGGUAACUCAUGAGCUACUGAUUCCACGUCAGUGUAGUAUACACACAUCAUGACAUCACUGUAACUAUACUGAAAUGUUUGCUUUCAUCUCUUGGAGAAAGUUUUAUUGCUGAUAAUGAUGAACAUGCUUUUGUGUUAUGUAGCGUGUCAUUAAAAUGAUGUGUUUUUAUCUGGCUUCUUUGGCAACCUGGUAUUGUGCAAUGUGUUACAACAGUAUGUGGAUUUCAAUGCAGCUGUUAUUUCCUUCUCAUCGUGAUGAGCUGAUGUAAACAUCAACACGACAAAGACAUUUGCUGAAUGCAUUCCUCAAUGCCAGGGUGAUAGUGCCCUCUUUGUGUCGUGCUCUUAAGCCCAAUUAAAGAAGAUGACAUUUUUUAAUUAAAUUUAUGUUUUGAGAUUUUUUCCUAUCUUGUGUGAAGGCAACAUGUACAUACUGCAAAUAAAGACAUGUUCAAAUGUAAUGACAAAUAAAUCAGAAAGGAAGGAUGGCCUUUCUUAAAAGCAAA